CCCAGCAUCUGCAAAGGGAGUGGAUGUGCCAUCCCUUCCCCCAUCAUCGCUGCCGGGGACCAGUGAAUACAAGGCUCGGGUCCAUCAUUUACCGUUAUGGCAAAUGAAUUCACAGAAAACAGAGAAGAAACUGCAAAUUCACGCCAUGCAACCCUCACCUCGUCACUAGACCUGAGCACGUCCCUGGAUCACAGCGUCCAGACGCGGAUUUUUAAAAUCAUUGUCAUUGGGGAUUCAAAUGUGGGCAAGACCUGUUUAUCCUUCCGCUUCACCGGCGGAUCCUUCCCCUGUAAAACAGAAGCCACCAUUGGCGUCGACUUCAGGGAGAAAGCCGUAGAGAUCGAGGGAGAGAAAAUAAAGGUGCAAGUAUGGGACACGGCAGGACAGGAGCGCUUUCGGAAGAGUAUGGUUGAGCACUACUAUCGCAACGUGCAUGCUAUAGUAUUUGUGUACGAUGUCACAAAAAUGGCCUCUUUCCAGAACUUAAAGACCUGGAUCCAGGAGUGUAACGGGCACGGGGUCUCAUCCUCUGUACCUCGUGUGCUGGUGGGCAAUAAAUGUGAUUUAGUCGACCUGAUCCAAGUCUCUUCCAACACUGCCCUUAAGUUUGCAGAUGCCCAUAACAUGCUGCUGUUUGAAACGUCAGCCAAAGAUCCCAAGGAGAGUCAGAAUGUAGACUCAAUUUUCAUGUGCCUGGCGUGUCGUCUGAAAGCACAGAAGUCUUUGAUCCACAGAGACGUACAGAGGGAAGAUGGCAGAGUGAGGCUGAGCCAUCAACCUGACCCUAGGAGCAACUGCCCAUGCUGAGGACCUCAAAUUGUGAAAUUAUUAACACUUAUAAUUUACAAUGAAAAAAUGUGCCUGCAACUAAUGACAUUUUACGUUGUGACAGCUGCUCUGUGACCUGUUUAUGUGUUUCUCUGUGUCUUCAUAAUUUUACCUGCUCUCUCUUACACGAUCUGUAGGAAACAACUCCAGGCGGAUAAAAACUGAGUCGUAUUUCUUUCUUAAAAAUUCACAGGAAUUUUUUUUUAUAUUUUGCCAUUAAGCAUUUUGCAUGAAGACAUUUUUCCAUGACACUUAAAAACCCAUUCUUUUUACUUUAAUGCAUAAAGGAAUUUUUAUACUUCCUUUAUGCUGAUUAAAACACUGCAGUCAUUUUUUAUGAUAUUAUAAUAAUGAGGGUCUCAUGCAAAUCAUGGAGAAUAAUGGGAAAUUACUAAAUAAAAUGAAAAGGGGGGAAAUGGUGAGUAGAAUGGGUAAGGAUUUUAUUUUUCAUUUGUCAUGAAAAUGAAGUCACAAUGCAAAAUAGUUUAUAGUUUACCUUUUAUAACCUGGUUUUGACUGAGAUUUUUUUUUUAUGAGAUAAGAUCGUGCAGCUCAUUAAUUUAGGGCACACCUCAUCUGGAGUAUGCUUAACUAAUCUUUAAAAGUUUGAAAAAAUGUGACAUUAGACACAUUUGGUUCUGUCAUAUCUAUUUUGGAUUCACUCAUCAGCAUACAAUAAACUGAGCAGUGCAAUAACACAUCCUUAACAGUCUUAAUGUACUAGCAGUCAGGAACUCAGAGGCGGACUGACCAGUAGAACAUUCUGUCAAAGUCCAGAACUACUGGUCACCGCGAACAGGGGCGGACUGGCGAACGUAUUAUAAACGGCAAUGCGAAGGCAUUACCGAGUCAGACACGUAUGCAUGUAACACAAUGCACAUGUUACAUACAACCACACAUCCCCACCCGUCGACAGUUUUGGUUCAGGACCAAUGACAUCAAAAUUGCCGUGGGCCGAAAAUCCAGGGCUGAAUUUGCUUCCCAGACCGCCCCUGCCUGAGGAACUGCACCUGGAUUCCGUAUCUUAUGCGUAAGCGAUGUAUUCAGUUCCAUAUAAGGUUCUACAGUGAAUAUUCAAGUGACUCUAUGCAUUUAAACCAUUGUUAAUAGAGAUUUCUAAGACAUCAAUACAUAAAAAUUACAUUAACCAUAUACUGCAUGUAUUCAAACUAAUAUUCAAAUGAUGAAACAGUAAAAUCAUAUUUCCUUGUUCUUGGCAUCAAAUAGGAGUCCAGCUAAAUGUUUAAUAUAAUCAGGUAAGGCUUCUGAUUUACCAAAUGCCCAAGCUCGAAAUCAAGUAGGCCUAUGGGAUAAGUUUUCUGUAGCAGCUACAUGGUAAACCUUAUAUAGUUCACCAGCUCAAAUAUGAUCAUGUGACUGCAAAACGCUUAACCAUGAUAACAGACUUAUGAUUUUUUCAUAUUUAUUAAAAAGAACCAUAAGGAGUGAUAACAAAAGGCAGUUUUUACAUGUAAGGUAUCAAGAUGUUUCCUCGAACUGGAGAUUGUAAAUUGGAGACCGUGUGACCUUUCUCUGACCUCCUAACAGUGCUAAACUUUAUGUUCUUUUUUCUUUUCUGUGGAUUUCUCAUAAGAGAGUUCUCUGGUUUCCACACUGCCUUAUAUCUGCGGAAGAGAUUAAUGCCUUAUCUUUUCGAUUUUCUCUGUUUUGUGCCAUUUUACGCCGUGUGAAGCGCUGAAACCUUUUAUUACCUAAAUGCUAAAUUUACACAAUGCUGUUUAUACAGUACAUAAACUUAACAGUUGAAUUUAACUUUAUAUAGUGCAACAUAAUUUUAUCAUUUUUGGCUUUAAAAUAUAGAACGUUUCUUCGGACGCGCCAGCGCCUGAACCCCUGUUGCGUUUUGUGUUUGGCUAGUGUCUAAUAAUAUAACUAUUUCUAUGUUAUUUAAUUUGUUAAUAUUCAUUUAUAUUAUUAUUUUAUUGUAUAAUUAUGUUGCAAAUUAAACGAUUUUGUUGUAUGUCCCUCCAUUCUAUUGAAUAAACAUUUUGUUGAAGGGGUCCUGUAGUUUGGUCGCUUUUAAAGAAACCGUAUGGUACAUUGACAUCUAGCGGUUGAGCUUGGUAUCGGAGUCUAAAUUGAAAAUUGGAGAGGAAAGUUCAGUCAAACAACUGUUCUUCUCGGUUUCUUUUGCUUGAAGUUAAGUUGGAGUCACAAU